GAAAAAUAUUAUAAUCUCUGCCCAAGUUUCCGUUCCUGCCGGGAAUAAAGAUUUUCUAACCAUACAAAAAAACAUGGACGUAGAUGCUCACAACACUUGCAGUCCAUUGUCUGAAGAUCAAUCCAACGACCAUCGAGUACCAAAUCCGGCAAGUGCCUCCUCGUUAUUACGGAAACAUGCCAGCACGUCUGCAGAUAGCUACUCUUCACGUGAAGGGCAAGAUAAAUACGCAGCGAUGAUGGGAGAAAUGCAAGAGAUGAGCAACGCUCUGGACAAAAUUAACGCAAACUUACGGAAAGCAAGUGUUAAGUGCCAUACUUUAAUUGUGGACGUAGCAACAUUGUUCAACCCUGAAACAGAAGAAAUGGCAAGGAACGUUGUAGAAGAUUGUGAAGUGUGCAAAAACAAAGUGAAAGCUAUGCUAGCGAGCGAAGAUUUACUUUCCCAAAAAUAAACUGAAUAGAUGGUUUUUAUUCCACCUCUUUAAGGGGCACUUUUUUUGUCUCUCACAUGGAGUAUAAAGUAUUAAAUAUGCAUGGUCUCUGAAAUCGAAAAAAAAAUCCUUUCAAUACAAUUCUUUCAUACUUUUUGAAAUAUAUGAACCGCAAUUUUAUAAAUAAAGUUUUUUAAUUAAGAAUUGUCGUUGACAAAUAACUGCAUAAUUUAUUUCAGUUUUCUAACGUAUGUUCGUAAGAUAUGACAUUUGUAUUUUCCUUUUAACAUUUUUAAUAAAUUAAUAUUUUCCAUCUCA